GUGGUGGCUUGGGGGGCUCGGGUGGGCUCCCUGGGCUGGCUUCAUGGGGUGUCUAGCGCUAUAAAGGGCAACGGAUCGCUGGGUUAGGGCUUGCUAGACUGACCAACUAUAUCCUUGGCUGAGGGGGCCAGAGAUCGGUUUUCUCUAUAAUCUCAUUACCACACCAUCGAUAUGAGGCGUAGGGCCUAUAGCCCUGGUAGUGGAUGCAUCAUUUCGACAAUUUCUGAUCCUUGUACUUAGGACAGCAGCAUCGGCUAGGCGAUCCAACGAGAAAUGCCCUCGAAGGAUGGCAAAGCCCGCAUUACACCUAAGGAGUCUCGGCAGGUCACAGGAUGCAGCUACUGACCGGUACUUUUGACUUAGCGUCAUUAUUGGAGACUCGGAGGAUUCACUAUCCCAGUCUAUACAGUAGUGACCUCUCGCCUUGUCUGAUGAAACUGUCGACCCACUUCCUCCUCCACGCCAUAUCCCCACCAUCUCCGAGUCAUGCACAAUCCGCGAAUUGGCAGGCUUCCAGGUUGCCUUCGCCUUUUUAUAGGCAAGAAAAAGUACUCCGUACUCCGUUAAAUGUGCCCCGAGCAGCGUGGGUCUGGUAAGAACUGGUCGGGGUGUCUGCGCUGUCCACAGCAAAUGGAUUUAUAAUGACACCGUCUUCCUUUUCCAUUAAUAUCCCUCAUAUGUCGGGACACUCUUCUCUUGGACCUGUCUCUGGUUUCCUGGUGAAGCACUCGUCACAUUGACGCUGGGCAGGCACUGGUCAACAUGACACUCGAAAUUCUCUUCUCCCUAUCCCCCGCAGCUCUCACAGUAGGCGCGGCGAUCCUUGUUUCAGCAUACUGGCUCGCUUCCUACGCCUACCUCUACUGGUUCCAUCCCCUAUCCAAAUACCCCGGCCCGCCACUCGCCGCCGUCUCCGAGCUCUGGUACGCCUCCGCAUGGACAAGCGGGUUCUGGAACCGCAAGAUCCAAGACGCCCACCGUCGCUACGGAGACAUCGUGCGCAUCGCGCCCAACGAACUUUCCUUCGCAACCGCCCAAGCCUUCCGCGACAUCUACGGCGCCCCUUCCAAGACCCGCAAGCUCUUCCCGAAAUCCGACCGCUUUUAUGAUAACGGUCACCCGAACAUUGCCUUCGUACGUGACCCAGAGGAACACGCCCGCCAGCACCGUAUCUUCGCGCCUCAGUUCCGUCCCUCUGCUGUGCGCACCCAGGAGCCGAUCGUCCACGCCCACGUCGACCUGUGGGUGAAGCAGCUCGCUGCGCGCGGCCGCGACGGUGCUGUCCCGCUCGACGUGUCUAAGUGGUUCGAAUGGCUCACGUUCGAUAUCAUCGGCGAACUCACAUUCGGGGAAUCGUUCAACGCGACCCGCGAUAAUAAAAGCCAUCCGUGGGUCUCAAUCCUCCUCGAUGCUACCUAUAGCGGGUCUAUCUUCAACCUGCGUAAACGUCUCGCUUUCGUCGGUCCCUUGUUGCGUUGGAUGCCGUAUGUUUCGCCUACGGCUCGUGCAGCCGUUGACUCCAUUACUCGUCAUGGCGCAAUGACGCUCGCGAAGACCCGGAAGCGUAUCGAGGUCGGUCCUGCGCGUAGCAAAUCCACGGACACCGUCGUCGACGAUUUUCUCGCUCAUGCUAUUCGCGCCGGUGGCAUGAAGGACACGGACCUCGCUAACCAGGCCAUGGUCAUGCUGACCGCCGGCGCAGAGACCAGCGCGACGGCCCUCACCGCUGCGCUGUGGUACCUGUCGCUUCCCGAGCACGCGGGCUGUCUCCAGCGUCUGCGGGCCGAAGUGCGGGCCGCCUUCGGUACCUCCCCCGCCGAAGCGACUGGCGACGCCACCGCCCGUCUGCCGUACCUAAACGCCGUCCUAGAAGAGACGAUGCGCAUGUUCCCGCCCUCGCCUGUCGGUCCGCCGCGCGUGAGCCCCGUGGGCGGCGAGACUGUCGACGGCAUGUUUGUUCCCGAAGGCGUGUACGUCGCCGCGGAUGUCUGGACGAUUCAUCACGAUGCGCGCACGGUGGGCGAGUUUCCGGAUAAAUUCAUUCCCGAGCGGUGGCUCGAUGUCCCUGUCAAGCCGUAUACGGUGCCGUUUAGUAUCGGGCCCAGGAUGUGUAUCGGGACGACGCUGGCGUGGGUGGAGAUGCGGAUCGCGUUGGCGAAGACGGUGCUUGCGUUUGAUUGGGAGUUGGAUGGCGACGAUGUUGGCGGGGAUUGGGUUGAUCAGGCGAGACUGAAGCAGUUGUGGAAGAAGGCGCCGUUGAUGAUGCGUUUUCGGCCAGUGGGGAGUCAGUGA